AUGGUGGUACAUCUUGGUGGUCUUGCGGCCGUUAUUUUUUUUUAUGUUCUUAUCUUACUUGUUGGAAUAUGGGCUGGACGAAAACAAAAAUCAACUGAAAGGUCGCCCGAUACAGAAGAGAUUAUGUUAGCAGGAAGGAACAUUGGUUUACUAGUUGGAAUAUUUACAAUGACAGCAACAUGGGUUGGUGGUGCAUACAUUAAUGGUACUGCUGAACAAGUUUUUUCUACGGGUCUUCUCGCAUGUCAAGCACCAUUAGGUUAUGCUAUUAGUUUAGUUGUUGGUGGAUUAUUAUUUGCACGACCAAUGCGUAAUGCAGGUUAUGUUACAAUGCUUGAUCCAUUUCAACGUAAAUAUGGUCAACGAAUGGGUGGAUUAUUAUUUAUACCGGCAUUAUUAGGAGAAGUAUUUUGGUCAGCAGCUAUUCUAUCAGCACUAGGAGCAACAAUUAGUGUUAUUUUUACAGAUGUUUCAACGGUAGCAUCAAUAAUUAUUUCAGCAACGGUAGUUAUUAUUUAUACUCUGUUUGGUGGAUUGUAUUCAGUAGCUUAUACUGAUGUUGUUCAACUUGGAUUUAUUUUUGUUGGUCUUUGGGUAACUAUUCCAUUUGCUAUGAAACAUGAAGGUGUCGGUAGUAUCGUUGCUACAUGGCCCGAAUGGCGUGGUCACAUAGAAAAAUCUCAAAUAGUUGAAUGGAUUGAUAGUAUGUUAUUAUUAAUUUUUGGUGGCAUACCAUGGCAGGUCUAUUUUCAGCGAGUUCUCUCAGCUAAAACAGCUAAGAAAGCAAUGUAUCUUUCAUUUUAUGCUGCUGUUGGUUGUAUUGUAUUGGCAAUGCCGCCUGUACUAAUUGGAGCUAUUGCUAAAUCUACUAAUUGGAAUAUGACAGAUUACGAUAUAAAUAAAGAUAUAACAGCACCUGAAGCAACGAAAUUAAUUUUGCCAUUAGUUCUUUUACACUUAUGCCCAAAAUUUAUCGCAUUUAUAGGAUUAGGCGCUGUUUCUGCUGCAGUUAUGUCAAGUGCUGAUUCGAGUGUACUUAGUGCUAGUUCUAUGUUUGCUCGAAAUGUCUGGAAACUUGUUUUUCGUGAUCAAGCAUCUGAACGAGAAGUUUUACUUGUAAUGCGUAUUGGAAUACUUCUUGUUGGAAUAGGAGCUGCUGGAAUUGGUAUUCUUGUAUCUUCAAUUUAUGUUCUUUGGUAUUUAUGUUCAGAUCUUGUUUAUGUCAUACUUUUUCCACAAUUACUUUGUGUUGUUUAUGUUCCACAUUCAAAUACAUAUGGUUCAUUAGCAGCAUAUAUAACAGGUUUUCUUUUUCGUAUUCUUAUUGGUGAAUCAUCAUUAGGUAUUCCAAAAUUUAUUAAUUUUGGUUCAUAUAUUCCACCGAAAACUUUAUGUAUGCUUAUAAGUCUUGGAACAACAUUAAUUAUUUCUAAAAUAGCUAAAAGUCUUUUUGAAAAACGUAUUUUACCACCGAAAUAUGAUAUAUUUCAUUGUCUUGUUGAUAUACCAAAUGAAACUUUACCAUUAAAAGAAAGUUCAACUACAGAUGAAUUACAUUAUAACAUUAUUAAACCAACAACAGGACAACAAUAUUUAACUGAACCAACAAUGAUGAUUAAUAAUUCUUUUUCACAAAGUCAAGAAAUUUUAAAUUCAUAUGGAAAAGAUUAA